CGGCCAGCAGGGGGCGACAAGCGGCGAGUCAGUCCGUGUUUACAUGUAGCAGAGUUAGCUUAGCUUUAGCUUAGCUUUAGCUUUAGCUUCUGCUGGAGGAGAAGAUUAGAGUGUUGGUGCAGGAAGGUCAAAGGUCAGCUGGUGCAGCCUUCAUCAUGGUGAAGCAGCAGCUGAGGACAGACAGGUGUUUUCUACCUGCAGCUGCGCGGGUUCGAUUCCCCGUCGGUCGUGUGCAGCGGCGGUCGCCUCUGACUCACCAGCAGGUUUCAGGCAGGAAGUGGGCGGGGUCAGGGACAGGCUGCAGCUCCUCCACCACAGAAGAAGACAGAGGUGACGAUGGGCGGAGCCAGCGUGGAGACCCGGGGUCGGACGGAGGUUCAGGAGAGGCGGAGUCAAAGAGGGCGAGAGUGGAUGGAGCUGAAGAAGCUGCGACUCCGACCAAUAGAGAGAAGCUCCCGGCGUCAUGUGGUCAACCAGGAAGUGAGAGCAGUUCCACAGCAGAUGGCGUCCCUCCUCCUGACCAGCAGGGGGCAGCAGAGCUCAGUGAGGACAGCAGAGCAGCUGAGCUGCAGAGCGUGGGGUCACUGAAGGUCACCAUCCAGCAGAGCAGCGAGAGCCGAGAGUUUGGACCGACAGACAGGACGGCAGACAGACAGACGGGUGGACUCCACUGUCACGUCUGUAACCUCACCUGUCGCUCUCUGCAGGUAUUUCAGGAACACAUGUCGGGAUCAGAACACCUGAGGAAACUGAAAGAGAUCACACACUCCAUCAGCCUGAACACACACACACUGCAGAGCAGGGGGCGUCGGCCUGACGCGCAGCGCUGGUGCGACACCUGUCAGACUCACUUCAGCAGUGAUGUCAUCAUCCAUCGACGGACUGAACAACACAAGAUGUGUAAGCAGAUGUCUCGUCCUUUCUGUCCGGUGUGUAAACGUCACUUCAGGACUCCCAGGAAGUUCGUGGAGCACAUGAAGUCUUCAGAACACAAGCAGCAGGUGCACCUGGAGGAGGCGCAGGAGGAGGAGCUGAUCACUGUGGACGCUGUCGGCUGCUUCCAGGAAGAGGAGGAGGAGGAGGAGGAGGAGGAAGAGGAGGAGGAAAUAGAAAUAGGCGAUGAUGAAGAGGAAGAUGUAGGAGAGGAAGCAGAGCAGAAAAUGUCAGAGGCGGCCGACAAACAGGAAACACGCGGCGAGGAAUACGACCCCGGCACCAUAUAUGGAAGUAGUUUUGUGGUUCCUGUUUCUGGCUUCCUGUGUCGACUCUGCAACAAGUUCUUCCACAGAGAGACGACAGCACGACACACACACUGCAGGACACACACACACUACCUCAACCUGCAGAGUGUGGGGCAGCAGGUGAGACAGUCUGACAGUGACGCGGCGGAGAGGAGCGAGGACACCUGACCUGCUCUGUAUCCCACAAUGCACCUGUGUGUCCAGGUGAUGGGCAGCUGAUGACGUCAUCCUGAUGUUUCUGAAGCACAAAAUACAGUUUUUAUAGUUUAACUGAUCAGAGACUGGCAGCAGUAAACAGGUGUGUGUGUGUGUGCGUGCGUGCGUGCGUGCGUGUGUGUGUGUGUGUGUGCGUGCGUGCCUGUGCGUGUGUGUUGUGAUUGGAUGAUAUCUGGAUGAUGUUUCUAAAGCUCAGCUGUGUGUCACUGACCUCUGGUGGCGUUCAGAGGAACUGCAGUCGUCUCCUGGUGGUUCAGAUGUUUCACUCAGUUCUGGACGUUUCAGUCCAGAUUUUGGCUUCAACUAACGAUUAUUUUCAUUUUUGAUUGUUUUGUCGAUUAUUUCCUCAAUUAAUUGAUUAGUUGUUUGGUCAAAUGUGGAUCAAUGUUUCCUAAAGACGACGUCAUCAAACGUCUUGUUUUGUCAGUUUACUGUCACAGAGACUAAAUAUUCACAUUGAAGAAGCAGAAUCAGAGAAUUUGGACAUUUUGUUCUUAAAAAAAUGUCUCAAAAUGAUUCAUCAAUCAUCAGAACAGUCGGUGAUUCUAGUCAAGAUCAUUUUGUCACAAGGAGAAACUUUAUGCUCACUUUUCUUUUUACAGAACAACCAGUUUAAUGUCAGAAUGACAUCAGACGAGACUCUGAACCAGCUGAUCGUUCUGAUCACAUAUUUCUAUGUUUGUCCUUUAAAAUAUUUUUAAACUGUUAUUUAAAGUUAUAAACUGUGCUGCACAUGUUCAGUUCCUCACUAAGACUGAAACAAUAAAACAAUGUUUCUCCAUCAGUCAGUUGGAUCGGAUGUAUUAUUGGAUGUAUUAGUUUUAUAUUAAGUGUGCUGUAAUACUUCCAGAUGUGUCUUCAGUUAAACAUCAUGUCGACUUUGGA